AUGGGCCCCGGGGUCCCAGCAACCUCACCACCCACCUCCCGCGACGCCGCCACAACCACGCCCACCACCCUCCUCGGCAAAUACCAACUGGGCCGGCUUUUGGGUCGAGGCAGCUUCGCUAAGGUCUACAAAGCCCAAUCCCUCAUCGACAACACCGCCGUCGCCAUCAAAAUCAUCGACAAGUCCCAAGCCGACGCCGCAAUGGAGCCCCGCAUCCUUCGAGAAAUCUCCGCCAUGCGCCGCCUCCAGCAACACCCCAAUGUCCUCAAAAUCCACGAAGUCCUCGCCACCAAGUCCAAAAUCUACCUCGUCGUGGAGCUCGCCACGGGCGGUGAGUUGUUCGCCAAAAUCUCGCGUCAUGGUAAAUUUCCGGAGUCCCUUGCCCGCCGAUACUUCCAGCAGCUCGUCUCUGCGUUGCACUUCUGCCACCAAAACGGCGUCGCCCACCGCGACGUGAAGCCCCAGAACCUUCUGCUGGACAAGAACGGCAACUUAAAAGUCUCGGAUUUUGGACUCUCCGCUUUACCCGAUCAGCUCAAAAACGGGCUGCUCCACACCGCCUGUGGGACCCCCGCGUACACGGCGCCCGAGGUGGUUUACCGGCGCGGCUACGACGGCUCCAAAGCCGACGCGUGGUCGUGCGGCGUCAUCCUCUUCGUCCUGCUCGCCGGUCGCCUGCCUUUCGACGACAGCAAUUUGAUCGCUAUGUAUAAGAAAGUCCAGAGACGGGAGUACGAGAUUCCGGCUUGGAUUUCGAAACCGGCGGGUCGGAUCAUAUACCAGCUGCUCGACCCGAACCCAAACACGAGGUUGGGGAUCGAGGCGUUGAUGGAGAAGCCGUGGUUUAAAAGAUCUAUUGAUAUAGGCCUUUUCGAGGAACCGGCAGCGGAGGUAAAGAAAUACGACGUCGUUCCCUGCGGGAUGAAUGCGUUCGAUAUAAUAUCGAUGUCGUCAGGGUUGGAUCUGUCCGGGCUUUUCGAGGCGGGGACACGGAGGGAGAGGCGGUUCACGGCAGAAUCGGCGGCGGAGACAGUGGUGGAGAAGGUGCGGGAGGUUGGGGAUAAGCUGGGGUACAGGGUGGAGAGAGGGAAGAACGGUGUAAGUGUGGGAGUGGGGAGGGGAGCGAUGAUGAGGGUGGUAAUGGCGGUUGAGGUAAUGGAGAUUGCACCGAGUUUGGUGGUUGGGGAAGUGAAGAUGGUGGAGGGCGGAGGGGUUGAGUCUGAGCGGGAGGUUGGGCUUUGGGAAGAGUUGAGGGCUGGGCUGGAAAACCUUGUCGUUUCGUGGCAUAGCGCUGCCGUUUGA